UAUUCCAAUGGCGGAGAGAUGAUGUUGUUCUCCGUGUGUGGACACGAGAGUGUAAAACAGCUUUGUUUUUCUGAGUGACUUUUGAAAAGCAGUCCUGCAAAAUGGUGUUCGAGUCUUUAGUUGUUGAUCUGAUCAACAAAUAUCUCGGAGAUUAUGUUGAAAAUCUGGACAGAUCCCAGCUAAAACUCGGGAUAUGGGGAGGUGAUGCUGUGCUACAGAACCUGGACUUGAAAGAGAGUGCAUUGGAUGACCUUGACCUUCCGGUUAAGAUCAAGGCUGGCCAUAUAGGAAAGCUGACAUUGAAGAUCCCUUGGAAGAACUUGUAUACAGAGCCUGUUAUAGCAUCUAUUGAUGGAGUCUAUGCUUUGGCUGUCCCUAAUAUUGCCAUUAAGUACAAUGCAGAGAAAGAGGAGAAGGCAAAGCAGGAAGCAAAGCAGAGACGUCUACAGCAGAUCGAGGAGGCUAAACAGCUGGAGGCCGAGAAAAAUAAACCCAAGGACCCGAAAAAAGACUCUUUCGCUGAGAAAAUGGCGACACAGAUUAUUAAGAAUCUCCAAGUGCAUGUGAAAAACAUCCACGUUCGUUAUGAGGACUCUUACACCAACCCAAAACGGCCAUUUUCACUCGGAGUUACACUUCAGGAACUUUUGUUCCAGACGACAGAUGAGAAUUGGACUCCAUGUAUCCUUAAGGAGGCUGUCACUCAGAUCUAUAAGCUUGUCAGACUGGACUCCUUGGCUGUGUACUGGAACAGUAGCUCUGAGUGUCUAGAUGGCACCGACAAGGCUGCUAUACUGGAGAGACUGAAGACAGAUAUUGCCAGUAAGGACAAAAAAACCCAGAGCCAGUACCUGAUAAAGCCGAUCUCUCUGGUUUCACAUCUACGUCUGAACACCAAGCCAGAACAGACAAAGUUUACUAUUCCUAAGAUCUACCUUACCCUCGUAUUUGAUGACAUCGCAGUUAUGCUCUCAAAAAUGCAGUAUACCGACAUCCUGGAGAUGUUGGAAGCUCUUGAGAGAAUGACACUUCGGGGGGUAUACAGGAAAUAUCGACCAGAGGUUGCCGUACACCAACACUCCAAAAAGUGGUGGCAUUUCGCAAUGACAAGUGUCCUGGAGGAGAGUGUUCGCCGACGGCGCCGCAUGUGGUCCUGGGACUACAUCAGCAAACAUCGUAAAAGCAUGCGAGAUUACCGUGAGGCCUACGUAAAGAAACUUGACAGUAAAAAAGUACCAGGAGAUGUACAGAAGAAGAUCGAGGAAUGUGAACGAGUGUUGGAUGUUUUCAGUCUGACGUUGAUGAGACAGCAGGCAGAAGUUGAGGCUGCUAAACUUGGUGCAAAGAGAGAGAAAGAGAAAGAGGAAAAAGGCUGGUUUGGGGGAUUGUUUGGAGGAAAGAAGAAGAAAGAAAGUCAGGCCAGUAAGGAAGGAGGAGAUAUUCAGGAGAAGUUCCAAGAACUUUACACACCAGAAGAAAAAGCAAAAUUAUACAAUGCCAUUGGUUACGAGGAAAAUGAGUCUGAUCCAACACUACCUAAAGAGUUUGUGGCAGUGAAGUUUGUGACGAAGUUGACAACACUCUCAUUUACGCUAAAGGACGACUCUAAAAGAGAUCCACAGAUUCUUCGGUUGCAAUUAAAAGAUGUAUUUUCGUCAUUUGGACAAAGACCUGCAGCAUCCGCUAUACAAUUGGAGGCUAAAAUUGACCGGUUCACUGUUAGCGGUGUUCAGCAGAAUGGUCAAACUCCCCGAAUGGUCUUGUCACAGACGGAGGAGGAGGACCAGGUGUAUUCUCUGCUUGAUGUCCAGGUGGAAACAAAUCCACUAGAUGGCGCUUGUGAUACACGUGUGAGGCUCAAUGCUCGACCGUUACAAAUCGUGUAUGAUGCUGUUACUGUGAACCAAUUGGCUGAAUUCUUCAAACCGCCAGAGGAAAUCCGUCUCCAACAGAUAAACCUACAGUUAUCACAGGUAGCUGUUGCUAAAUUUGAAGAUUUUAAAGAACAGUCAGCAACAGGACUCCAACACGCCAUAGACAUGCGAAAGUACACAGACAUCAGGAUAGAUGUCAAGUCUUCUUACGUCAUCGUACCAGAGGGAGGCUUCUACAAAAAGAAUUGUAAGCAGCUGAUUCUUGACCUUGGUAAUCUGAAGGUCAACAGUGAAAAGAACCAAUCAUCAUCUGGUGUCAAGGGUCAGCAUGGGUCAAAGUUCAGGGCAGCAGCCUUGAAAGCGGGACAGAGUCAACCGACGAGAAGACUGAUGGACACAGUAGAGGAAAUCAUCCAAAGGGCCUAUGAUAAGUUUAACAUUGAAAUUGACAGGACACAGCUUCUCUUUGUCAAUCCAGGUGAUGACUGGCAGGCGGUGCGGACACUGCCCGUGUCCCCUCUACACGUCCUGGAGCCGAUAUCUCUGUCUGUUUGCCUACAGAAGUGUAUGUUUGACAAGGACUCGCGUAUGGCCAAGAUGAAGGUUUCUGGAGAGUUGAAGCUGGUCAGUCUGACAAUGUCUGACGCACGGCUACAGGAGAUUAUACAACUGGUGGACAGUAUCCCCCUCCCCGAGUCAGCUCCUCCGCUAGAGGAAGAGGACAUCUUCAUGAGUGCUACAGAUAUCCAAGUGACCGACCUUAAUGCUAACCAAUUAAGUCUGGCUGAUGUAGCUGUUGUAGCUGUGGGGGACAAACCGGGAGAUCCGAAAGACAUGGAUAGAUCAACCUCUCAGGAUCUCACCAACUACACUGACCUUGAACUCAAGUUUGAAGUGAAGAAGGUGUGUGUGAAUUUAAUGCAGCACACCAACACAGAGGAUAUACUUGUACUAAAGCUUGUCAUAGAGUCUAUAGGAACACAACUGGCUGUACGUACACACGACAUGGGCGCCGAGGCUUAUAUAGGUGGCAUCUACCUACAGUACCUCAAGGAAAAAGCAUCCGAAACAUUGGUUCAAAAGUUAGAAGCUGCAAAAGCUACACACACAUUAUCAGUGACCAAUGGAGGGCCGCUGAUAAAUCUUAUCAAUACUCCUUCUGUGGAUGACCACAUGUACCGACUACUGACCGUCCACUAUGUCAAGGCAAAUCCAGAUGGACCAGACUUUGCCACCACGCACAAGAAAACCGAGCAGACGGUGACCGUGACCUUUACCGCGCUGGAGGUGAUGCUCCACCAGGAGGCGCUGCUGUCUCUCAUUGUGUUUGCCGAGGGAUUACAGCCGCCACCAAGACCGCAAGUAGAGAUCAAGGCUAGCACCACAAGUGAAAGGAAAGAAGAAUCAACGGACAAAAAAGAUCGUCAGAAAUCUGGAACGAAGAAGAAGGGAAAGGAGAAGGACCCUGAUCAGAUAGACAUCAAAGUAAACGCUCAUCUGGACCAGAUCGGUGUGACCAUCUGUACGAAACAAAACCUUAUCACGGAUCUACGUGUCAGAGGAAUCGAUGCCAAGGUGACCAUUCAGGAGGAAAUGACUGUCGUAUCUGCCAUGCUGAAGGCUAUCACCAUCUUUGAUCCUGAUCCCGAUACAUUAUACCAAAAGAUUAUGGAGAUCCAGGGUGAGGCUGUGCUAGCACUAGACAUUACUAUAUAUAACCACGCAACAGAGGGAGCCAAGUACGCCGACAUGUCAUGCAUGGACACCAGCGUCAAUGUCACACUCGGCUGCAUCCGUCUUGUUUUUGUCAAUAAAUUUGUCAACGAUUUAUUGGUGUUUGUGAACAACUUCCAGGCUGCCAAGGACCAGGCAGUGUUCCAAGCUGCCAGAGAGAGAAUGGUCCAAGCUGGACAGUCUGUUGCCGAAUUCUCCAAGGACGCGGUCAGCAAACUGCAGGAAAAGGCACCACGUGUCGGUCUCAAGAUCAACAUGCAUGCUCCCCUUAUUGUGAUUCCACUGAGUUCAAAGUCUCGAGAGGUCCUGUUGGCUGAUUUCGGAGAACUGAGUAUUCAGAAUAGUUUCCAUCUGACAGGGAAGUCAUCCAGCAGUGGGGUGCCAGCUGUGCUGGAUAGAAUGAUCAUACAGCUGAAACAGUUAAAACUCACCAGAGCGGUGUUCACCAUUGCUGGGGCCAGUCGUGGUGAGUGUCUGAUCCUGGAGCCUGUCACCAUCACGCUGAAUGUCACCAGGAAUCUAUCCAUAUCCUGGUACACGGACCAGCCAGAGGUCGACAUCACAGGAUCCAUGGAGGCUAUCGUGGCAACCAUGAGCCAGGGAGAUUUCAAAAUGGCCAUGGCACUUCUGGAUGAGAAUUUAAAUGAAGGUCAAACCAAUAAAGAGGUUGCAGUUCAAGGUCAGGCAGAGGUUGAACAGCCAACUGAAAGUCCUUUAACAGGUUCACAGGAAUCACCUUCAGGAAUAUCAUCUGAAAGUCAAGUUACACCAAAGACCAGCGGCUCAACAGAGGUCAAGGUCAACUACACAAAGGUCAAAUUUAACUUCCAAAUGAAGAGCUUGGAAGCGGCCUUAUACAUAGGGGAGAGCAAUCUGGAUUCUGGAACCAGCUCUAGAGACCCAGCUAAAUGUCUAGGCAAGGUCGAACUCAAGGUCAUUGCUGUAGAUGGCAAGGUCAUGCUAGAUGGAGCCAUUGUUACCAAGGUCAUUCUCAAGGACACUGUUGUCGACGAUGCCAGACCAGAGAAACAGAAGGGAGUCACAAGGAUGAUUGAGAGAAAUGUUGAUUCGGGAGAAAAGAUGAUUGGUACUGGAGGAGGCCAAGGUUCCAAUAUGAUAGACGUCAGUUUUACACAGGAGAGCAGUCAGGAUAAGGAUAUUGCUGUGAAGGUUAGCAGUCUGUACAUCUGUGUGUGUGUGGACUUCCUGAUGGCCUUAGCUACAUUCUUCCAAAUGCCUGAGUCCAAGUCCAAACCAGCAGUGACAGCCAAGGAGGAGAAACCUAAAGCCACACCAUCAAAACAAGUACAGGAAGCACCAGUCGCAGAGAUGAGAAUCACCGUUACCAUGGAGAAACCUGAGAUCAUUCUCAUAGAGGACCAAUCAAAACCAAGCAGUACUGCACUCAAAAUGGACACUCAUCUGUCCUUCAAGAUGAGGAUGUCAGCCGAGCGACAAGAAAUGUCAGCUACCGUCCGAGAUCUUCAGAUCAUUUCUUGUGUUUUUGACCAGCGCCAAAAUGUGGGGUCACAGAUUCUACAUCCCUGUGAGAUUUCCUUCUACAGUCAAGCUCCGUUUGGUAAAGGUGCCCACAUGGACUUAUCUACCACAGACCUCAUACUCAACAUCUCCCCGGCAACCAUACGAACCAUCUCCGCCGUGGUGGACACACUCUCCGCAAAAUCUGGAGAAGCAGAGAAAGCCAGCGCAUACCAGGUACCCUCAGACUUGUGGGAAGUUAAAAAGCUAGAGGGAAAUAACUUCUGGUACCUGACCACUGGGGAAACCGACCCCGUAAUCCGUGACCUCAGUAACUUGGAGGAAGAGGAUCAAAGAGAAGAACAGGAGGGAGCUGUCUCUUCACAAGGAUUUGAACUGAUCGUUAAAGUGCCGACCAUUGUUGUAAAGAUUGAAGGAGGAGUAGGAAAUAGGACCGUACCUCUCCUAAUCCUCGAGUCGUCCUUCCAGGGUGAGGUUAAGGACUGGAGCGGCAAGCUGGGCGUUGAGAGCACCCUUAAGUUAGAGGUGGCUUACUACAAUGAGAAGCUCACAGUUUGGGAACCACUGGUGGAACCCAUCAUGGAGGACGGUAAACUCCGACGGUGGGAACUCGGACUAGAGGUGACAAUGAACGAGGAUCUCCCGGUGAUUGGGGACGAUGAAGUUGACGGUGAGUCAGAAAACAUUGUCCUGCCUCCACCAAAGAUGUCCGUCAACAUUAGGUCAAAUGAUGCCCUGCAGUUGGUCAUGUCUAAAACAUGUCUGGAGGUGUUAAACAACCUAGGCAAGUCGUUUGGCGAGGCCUAUCAGUUGGUGGAGCCGACAGAAAAGGCAGGAGUUGUGAUGUCCCCCUAUGUCAUCAAAAACAACACAGGCAUUCCCAUGGUGAUGAAGCUCGACAACUCCUUCGAGAUGCCGGAUGACGCCUCUAACAUGAAAGUCAAACUGUCUCCGACUCGCCAGCUCCAUUUAUUCACGAGGAAGAAGAGUGUAUUGAGUCGGAAGGCUUCUGUGAUCAAAGCCACACAGGAGGGCGACGAGAAAAAGCUCAUCUUCCAGAUGGAGCAGUACAAUGCCACAAGGGAGGUGACUAUUAAGCGAGCAGAGAAGCGACUGUACCAGAUCAACAACAGGACGAGUGCUAACGAGGUCUGGGCAGUGGUUGUGUGUACAGACUCUCAUAUUGGACAGAGAGUUGUCUCCCUUAGAUCAAUCGUACAGGUUAAGAACCAUUUGCCUCAGACAGUGGAGGUGUACUAUCGUGAAGGCUCCAAGAUUUCCUCGUGUGGUUUGGUACUAGCCGAAGAGACGAUGGACGUCCCCCUACACACAAUCUACACAGACACAGGAGAGUUCUUCUUUAAACCUGUUUCAGAAACAGACGAGUACCGAGUGUCCAAAGAGUCUGUAGGAUGGCGGUCAGCAGCCAACCUCGGCACCAAACAGCUGACCUGUGAAGGACAGCAAGGACACAGCCCCUUCUUCAUGAAUGUUUGGGCAGAAUGUGAACAGAUUUACUACGAGGAGGGAGACUCCAUGACAGCCAAGUCGUACACCCUACAUCUUUGUCCGACAGUCAUUUUCCACAACCUUCUGCCGUUCCCAAUUAAAUUCAUGCUAGAGGGAACUGAAGGCUACCAAACCCUUGACAGGGGAGAGAAUUUACCCUUGACUAAUGCUGGUGUCGGAAAGUCCAACUUGGAGAUUGUAAUUCCGAACUACAUGGAUAAAGAAUGGUGUGGGCGUAACCUGUUGAGAGUCGACAUACCCGACCUUUCGCUGUGGUCCUUCAGCUCUUUUAUAGGGGCUCAGAAAGUGGAAAUGGACCUGGGCUUCCAUUGUAAGAAGGGAUCAGGCAGUAUGGACCUUUCCCUGUACAGUCCCUACUGGAUGAUCAAUAAGACUGGCCAGCGUGUUCUUUACAAGGCCAGUGACUCGGAGGAUGUGAUAGAACAUCACCAUGACCACCAGGAAGCGGUCCUGUUCUCCUUCAAACAGAAAUCAUUUUUCACAGCAAAGAAAAAGAAAAAUAAACAUACAGUAAAAUCGGCCCUGGCCGAGCCAGCGUUUGUUGUUAGUUCAACUCUCACUCCAGAGGAAGAUUGUAGGAUGGGAAUGGAGUGGCAGGAAGGAAAGGAUCAUGGGAAAGACAAAAAGGUGAAGGAAUGGAGACAAAGUGGGAAAGCUUGUUUGAAGAUAGGAGAUACGGAAUGGUCAGACAAAUUUUCUCUGGAUGUUGUCGGAAGUUCUGGAACCGUCCAAUGUAAGACUAAGAUGAGGACAUUCGAGGUUGGUGUGAACAUCGUCCUGUCACAAAGUGGUCUUACAAAGAUCUGCACGUUCACACCAUACUACAUGUUACUAAAUACUGCCGAUCACUCCCUACUGGUUGCUGAGACGACUCCCACGGAGACAUGGUACGAAAUCAAAUCCAAAGAGUGUCAGCCAUUUUGGCCUCAGAAUACUGCGAAGGAAAUGAAGAUGAAAGCCAAGGUGCUUGGCUCAGAGUCUGUCACAUCAGAGUUCCUCUUCAACAAAGCUCACAACACGCUAGCCAGACUGAAUGACCAGUACGGUGGUAUCAACGUCGACUGUCAGGUGACCGAGUCUGCCAUGGUAACGACCUUCAGCUCCUACAAGGACGGCAUGGCCACCGUACAGAUUGUCAAUCACACUGAGGCAGCGUCUGUCACAUUCCAUCAAAGUGGCUCAAAGAACACACAACUGUUGGGGCCUGGUCACUACAUGAUGUAUACAUGGGAAAACACCACUGACAAGCGGGAGAUCGUCUGGACAUGUGGGGAGAAAAAGGAUGUGAAAAACACCCUUGUAGAGGAUGGUUACGGCUGGUUCGCCCUGUCCUCGGACACCAACAUCUAUUGGGUAUCAUUCCUGGACGGCAUGCAGAGGGUAUUGCUGUUCACUGAAGACCUACAGCUCGCAACCCUGGCUCAGCAGGCUGGUGAACUGGAGAGGAUCGAACAGGAGAUAAAUGUCUGUGUCCAAGGCCUUGGUUUGUCACUCAUCAACGAUGUCAGUCAGACAGAAGUGGCCUUCCUCGGGAUCACAAGCUCCGGUAUUAUAUGGGAGGAAAAGAAGAAAAGGUACAAGGCUCUCAGUGUGAAGAAUGGCCUUGUUCUGGAGGAGGCCUACCAGAAAUACCUCAUGGAACUAGACCUGGGGCAUAGUCCACCCGCUCACCUCAACCUGGAAAACAAAAUGGAGGUUGACUUCGUGGAGAUGAAGAUGAUCCGUCCUAACAAACGAGGAAUCAGGCGAAGUUUCCAGGAGGGAAUUUGGGUUCAGUACAAAACAUCCCCUCACCAGAUCCAGGUGCACGCCAAGAUAAACAGACUUCAGCUGGACAACCAGAUGACCGGUGCUGUGUUCCCGACAGUCCUAUCUCCUGUACCCCUACCCAAGUCUGUUGCUGCCGAUAGUGUCCCUAAGCCAUUCACAGAGGUCAGCAUCAUGUUAAGAAAACAUGAACACGACAGCAUGCUCCAAUUUAAGUACUUUAAGGUCUUGGUCCAGGAAAUGCAGCUGAAGGUUGAUCAGGGAUUCCUUAACAACAUCAUCGAUCUCUUCUCUUCCAACCAAGAUGUCUCCAGGGAACAGGAGACUACAGAGUUCAUUAAGGACUGUGACAAGGUCCAGGUCAAGUUGAUGGAUGAGGUUGGACUUUCCUUGGCUGACGAACAGAAGAAUUUCUAUGAUUACCUUCACUUCUCGCCAAUUAAGAUCCAUUUGAGUUUCUCCCUGCAAGGAGGAGGAGGGGAUGGUAAGCCGACUCAGAUCCAUGCCAACGUCAUCAAUAUUUUCCUACAGAGUGUCGGAGUGGUUCUCACUGAUGUACAGGAUGUUGUCUUCAAACUUGGGUUCUUCCAGAAGGAGCACUGUUUUUAUAAUCAAUCCCAGCUGGUGGGUCAAAUGAGUAUGCACUAUGCAGGCCAGGCCAUCAAACAGAUGUACGUUUUGGUGCUCGGACUUGACGUCCUGGGAAAUCCGUUUGGACUAUUGCGAGGAAUGGCAGAGGGUAUAGAAGAUCUCUUCUAUGAGCCGUAUCAGGGUGCCAUUCAGGGGCCUGAAGAGUUUGCUGAAGGUCUGGCCCUCGGAGUAAGGAGCUUGUUUGGCCAUGCUGUUGGGGGAGCUGCUGGUGCUGUGUCCAGGAUAACAGGAACUCUGGGUAAAGGUUUUGCGGCCUUGACCUUGGAUGAUGACUACCAAAAGAAAAGACGAGAGGCCAUGAACAAACGCCCAGCAAACGUGAGGGAAGGAUUAGCUCGAGGAGGCAAGGGACUUGUCAUGGGAGUAUUUGACGGUGUAACUGGAAUUGUGAGGAAGCCAAUUGAAGGAGCCAAGAAUGAAGGUGUCGGCGGAUUCUUUAAAGGUGUUGGGAAGGGCUUGGUCGGCGUGGUUACCAGACCUACGAGUGGAGUGAUUGACUUUGCCAGCAGUUCACUAGAGGGCAUCAAAAGGAUUACAGAUUUUUCAGAAGAAAUUCGUAGGAUAAGACCACCAAGACGUUUCCAUAGUGACAGGGUUAUUCGUCCAUACAACAAGCAGGAAGCAGAGGGAUAUGCUAUUCUUAGUGAGACAGAGAAAGGUAAAUUUGCCACUACCGAUCAUUAUGUUGCCCACCUGGUUCUGAGUCGUGACAGCAAACAUGUCCUCGUCGUCACAGAUAAGCGAGUGAUCUUUGCUAACCGCGGAGAAUUGUUUGGUCACUGGGACGCUGACUGGACCUAUACUUGGGUAGAAAUGAAGGAGCCACCCAAGAGGUCACAAAAGGGCAUAGAAAUCUACCUCAAGGAGAAAGAAAAGAAGAAGUUCUUGUUCAGCAGCAGUACCGCCAAGAAGGAGGUUGCAAUUGGUGACCAGAGACUGGCUGAAUGGAUUGCCAAUAAAAUCAAGGAGACCAUGAUGAGAGGAAAAUAAUAACAGAAAGUUGGUUAUUCUGACAUUUGUGCUGUCAUCUGCUGAGCAAAUGAGUGCUGCCAUCUUGUGAGCAUACAAGUGCUGCUACCUUGUGUGAUUGAGUGCUGCCACCUAGUGGGCAUACCAGUGCUGCCACCUUGUGAGUGAAUUUGUGCUGCUGACUGCUGAUCAUAAUUUAUGUAAUUGCUACGCUGAACUAUUCACUGCAAAGGCACAUUAUUAAAGGGAGAAAGAAAUGUGCUACAUCACUUAUAGGUCUACGUUGAGGUGUUAAUAGAAUUAUUUAUAUUUUUGUUGAGCUAUGCCUUUAAAAGUGUCUUAAAUUGCCAGAUGAUUUGUUUCUGCACAUUGAAAUGGACAGUUAUAUUAAGGAAGACAUCAAUGCUUCAAGAAAAAUCAUUUGUGUCUGUAAAUACUUCAGGCAGAAGUUAACCUAUCAUGAAAUUAUCCCCUUAAAAUAGGAUGUCUGCUUAUGUACUUGUCUGUGGCAUUUAAAAGUUCAGUUCAUGAAAUGAUUAAUAUAGUUGUUAUAUUAUGGUUCGUGCAUGUUUUGUGUUUUAUGUUUUGUUAAAUGCUAUAAAAAUAAUGAAAUCGAAGGAGAAUAACUCAUGCAAUAAAACCAGAUUUCCAUGUGAAGUUUAUUAUUGUUGUGAUGAUACUGUAAAUUUAUCUUUUGAUUUAUAUUAAAUUUUUUUUUUUAAUUCAAUAUACAAACUGCUCAAAUCUGUUGUGUUAUGUAUUUCUUCAAUGUAAGAAGGGGCAAAUAUAUAGAAAAUAACCCCAUUUAUCCAGCAGUAAGCCCUGCAGGGGUAUUCUAUGGCAUUUCUGUUCAAUUGUUAAAGAUAUAUUAUAUUACCAAGCAUGGGUAUAAAGCAAAAUAAAUAGGUCAAAUGCUAUUAUUAAUUCUAUCACUUUAGUAACCUGCAUUUAAACAUUUGCUAUUUAUUUUCUCCUAAUUUUUAAUGAGUUGGCAAGGGGCCAUAGAGAUAGAACCUGGAAUAUUUGUACGUCAUCAGUUAAAAGUGCCAUCCUCACUCUAACAACUUCAUUAAUGAUUCCGUUAUCCUGAAACUUUUAUAUAUUUAAAACAAUCAUCUUGUUUACUACAUCAAAUUUCAAUCACCUUUGGUCAAAAAUGAGGUCACUAUGAAUAGACAAUUUGAUGGUCUCACUCUACUUAUUGCAUGAAGUGUGAAAAAAUUAUAUACCUUUUACAUAUACAUGUAGCAUACAUACCUAAUGUAGAGAGCUUGAAGGGUGUAUGUGUUUCAGAUCUCGUAAUCAUAUAUGGUAGUUACUAGUUAGUGUCUAUUUUGAAAGAUGAUGUGCUAUAGUCUGUUUCAGUUUUAAUGAUGUGGUUAUAGCUGAUAAACACAAUACUCAUUACAUAAACUACAGUCUAUUUUAAAAGAUUAUCUAUAGUCUGUUUCGGUUUUAAUGGUGUGAUAAGAAAUUAUUACUGUAACCCUCAUUAGAUAAGAUAUGAUGUACUGUGGUUAUAUUGUUUGUAAUUAAGGUUAAAGGUUACAGAAUUAACUGCAGAUAUUUUUUACGGCCAGCACCAUUUUGGGCACUUCUGUCUAAAUUUUUUUAAAUGACAUGAUUUUUUCACGACCAGCACUAACAUUGUCUUGAAUUUCUAAAACUGCUUCUGAUAUGUACAUACAUAAAUAUGUAUGCUUAAUUUUGUACUCAGUCAUCCUCUGAGGUUUCUUAAUCGAUUUUCAUCCUCUUUUUUAGUCUUUGCUAGUUCCAUUGUAUGUAAACAUGUUGUUUUAUUAUCUAAGGUACACAUGCACUAAAUCCUGUAUAACCUCCACACAUAAAUCAUAUGAGCACUUAACCGUUUUCGUCAAUGGGGACCUCUUUGUUUAUUUUUCUUUCUGUUUCUGUUUAUGCUUUUUUGGUUAUUUAAUGGCAAAUAAUGAAAUGUUCUGAUUGUUUUUUUUUUUAUAUUUUGAUUUAUAACUAUGUUACGUGCAAUUUUUUAUCAUUAUUUAUUUUCUUGAUAUAAUGUAGUUUUAUUUGUGAUGUUAGUCACUUUUCCUUUUAGUUGUUGUUGCUAAUAUAUAAAAAGCUUGUAUUAUUAUAUGUAAUGUCAAUCGAAAAAAACAGGGUGAUUUUUGAUUGUCUUAACAGUUUCUUUCCGUAACUGGCAAAGUCCUGAAAUCAUUGCUUUCAAGUUUUAAUUAAAUGCCAUUAAACGUAAAAGUUUGCUUGAUAAACUGGAAAAGAAAUAUUUGUAUUGCUUAUGUAUAAAUUGUGUGAUUUUAAAGGAUUGCUUGAUACUGACAAGUGUGUGAUUGAAAUAUACAAAAUGUCCUGAAAGGGCAUAAUGAUAUCAUUGAUAGAAAGAAAUCAAUGGCAAAUUGAAAAAAAAAAAAAUCCUGGCAUUGAUUAUGACAAAUUGAAGAUACUCAAGAAUUUGUGACCAAUUUGGAAUAUUCACACAAUCUAUGGCUCUGAAAAUAUGCACAAGAAUUUAUGACAAGUUUGAAAGAUAUCCAAUUAUUGAUGAUGAAUUGAACAAUACUAGUACACAAGUAUUGAUGACAGAUUGAAAAGAUACACAAAUAUUGAUGACAAACUGAACAGAUACACAAGUGUUGAUGAUAAAUUACACAUCAAAACACAAUCAAUACACAAGUAUUGAAGACAAAUUGAACAAAUACACAAGCAUUGAUGAUGAAAUAACAAAAUAUCAAAAAAUUAACAUCAAGUUGGUAAGGGCAAAUGCUGUUAGAAAUUGAUUGUAUUAUUAAAACAUUAUUUUGUCGUCUUGUUCUUAAUUGCCAUGUCACAUGUUUUCUUUUCAUUAGGUGAUUAGUUCACGGUUUCAAAAGCAUUUGUCAGUACAUUUCAAAUUUUGGAAAAAUAAAACUUUUUUUGAUUUGUUUGUUCAUUGAUGGACAGAAAUUAAUGACAAAUUGAACAAAGUAUAUACAUAUAAGAGUUAUUUAUGACAAAAUGAGAAAACAAGGAGUUGACAAAAAGCACAAGAAUCAUGACACAUCAUAAUAGACAUUGCUAAUUGAAUGUGGAGGUCAGUAUGUAGCCUAAACUAUUGUGUCAUAUAAGUUUAUUUUACUGCACCACACAUUAUAUUUAAAAAUGUUCGCAUUUGUGUGACACAAAUCAUUACUAAUGAUAAAUUUAAAUGCAUAUUCUCUGUUAAAAUAACCCCCCAUUAUGAUGUUGGUCAGUCCUGGUCUCUAUAACGACACCAUAUAUGGUGUUAGUCCCUCCAGGUGGCCACCCUAAUGACUUACGUCACCGGCAGGACCCUCCUGGUUGGACGCUUACCACUGAUACUGUGAUACUUGGGAUAGUUUAAGUCUGGCGGACUGUUGGUUUAUGUACACACGUAUAUGUAACAUUGUGAAUGUCUUAAAAUACAUUAAGAAAAAUAAAGUGCAGAAAUUAAAAGAAAA